UCUCGCAGCUUUGAAAGCUGAAACGGCAUACAUACUGUGCCUUCCAAAAUAGCAAAACAGAAGCAAAAAUGGAGGAUGGUCAUGGAUGAAAGAAGAAGCCAAUUCGCCUGAGGCUUUUGGAGGUUCUUUCCAGCGGCGCAAAGAAGUUGAAGGAGACAAGAAUAUGGCUCUCAGUAACAGCAACGAUCGCUGGGAAUUGCUGGUGUAGGAAUCUGGUUUGAUCGACAAGAAUAUGGCUCUCAAGAACAGCAACGAUCACUGGGCAUUUCUGCCUACAUAUUCUUGGCAACCAAACAUAUUCUAAUCAAAUCUGAAGGAAGAAAUCGAAGCGCCUCUGUGGGUGGAUCUCACUCUAGAAGCCAACUCAACAAACCAACAUAUUGAUGAUGACUGGUUUUACAGAAGCCAUCUGUUCCACCAAUGCUCUUCACGCCAGUUGAAGGCUGCAUUUUUGAAUUCGGGUGAGGAUAGUAUGGGCUUAAACUUUGACUUAGUUGGACCAUCUUCGCCACAACUUCUGUCUUCUGUCUCUAAGUCAAGAGGCAAAGACUUUGUAAGCAAGAAAUGGAGACGGGAAAACCAAGAUUUUACAGAUAAGCGGCACCUAGACAAAGUUCUGAGCGGGACAUCUUCCUGUGGGAACUCAGGGUCCAGUGAUGAGAUGAACCCCAAAUCAAGCUUCAUACAGUUGAAGGGAACAACCAGUUCCAAAUCAGGUUCAGUUUGUAAAAGCAGUCUAACUGGAAAUCACAUACCCAAUUGCUCUAAGCCAACGUCCUCUGGUGGGGAUCCAACAUGUAGUUUUAGUUCUGUGACAAACAAGGCAAAUGAAAGCAGUACAGCAAGCACCAUUACAUCUGAGAGUGGUCAGCAGCAACAACAGAAGUUUAUGGAGAAAUCAAAUCCAGCAUUGAGCCAAACAAAUGGGAUACUUUCAGUAAUAAAGGCUGGUUUCAGGAAAAGCGGUAUUACUAGGCCAGCAGCCAGAGUGGAGAUUAAUUGUGAUAGAAGGAAAUCAAGAGGCCGUAAAUCUUCAUUCAGCAAGUCUAGUGUGGGAUCAUCUUCUAAUCCUGGUUCGAAUGGCAGGACCUCGACAUCUACAUCAAUACAGUACAAAGAAAGAUCCCCAGAUAGCAGGAAUGUGACAAGAAUGAGUUAUGCAACCAAGAACAGAAUAAAACCUUCUAAAGUAUCCAAGUUGUCUACGCAUAAGAAUGAGAGAGGGACUGCAAACUACAGAAUUGGACCUAAUGUUUCAAAGUCAAUCCACACAGAAGCUGAAAAACCAAAGGUUCAGUAUCAGAUUCUGAGAAGGAAACCUUUGGAUUCUGUUCUAGUUAAAGAAACUAAACCAGUAACUACUGUGAAAUCUAAGAAGAAACCAGUUGUUGGUGGAUCUAACAGAUUGGUGGCCCCAGGAAAAGAGAAUUUGAAAGGGAGAAUCGCUGGGAGUCAGAAAUGCAAUAACAAAGGCAUUGCUCCUGUAACCAUGGUUUGGAGUCCGAAGGGGACAAAACAGAGCAUUUUGCGAAGGACCGACCGAACAGGACUGGCUGGAAAGGGGAAAGUCGGCGGUCCAAGCCAUUUGUUAAGCCUGAAGGAUGUUCCGAAGAGACCCCAUUUCAGAUGAGAGACCAGUGCAAUCUAGCUGAUUUGUAUGUAUAUAGUGUAAACCUAACAUCACUUCUAACACUGGAGAAAAAGUAGAGUGAAACAGAGUUUGGCCCUCGAAUGAUCCAAGAUUCUUGCUGGCCCAGAGAGUCGUCCUGUAUUUCCAUGGAAGGUUUUCUUCUGAUUGCCAUGAGUUGAGGUGACAUCUUUCGAGUGGCGCUAUUCUAAUAGUCGUUUCUUAGUAUCACGUACAUAUCUGCUGGAGAAAGCUCUUUUGGAAAUCUUUCAUUUGACAAAUUGAAAGAGAGAGGGAGUAGGAUCUGUAAUUCACAUCAUUUUUGAAAAUAUUAGAGGUUUCCGUAAUGAAAUGUUAGACGCGCAAAUCGUUUACUUUGAUGGUGUAAUACAAGUUGAUGUUUUCUUGA